CCGGCUCCAUUAGGUUCUCCGGCAGGUCCUACAAAGUAUAAAUAUCUCAUCCAAACCGCACCGCGUGUUUGAACGGCCCGUUUCAUCCGUUUCCUCGGGACUUUGAACAAUGCAGCUCACUGCGGUUCAGCCGACCCUGUGAGAUGGAGAAAACCUCAGCUGAAGAUGACUGCGUGGAUUCGGGGGCCGAGACCGGAGGGUCUGAUUACAGUCCCUUGUCCUCAACGAGCAGUGAGUUAUCCAUGGGGGAGCUCCAGGACCCCUUCCUCGUCAGCGUCCACCUCAUCGCUGACCCCGGCCACGGAAAGUUCCUGCAGCGUGCUGCUGACGCUGUGCUGGCGUGGGUUCACCCUGAGCUGCAGCUCUUCCGAGUGUCAGAGCGGGCCUCCCAGCGGCCCCGGCCCAAGCACCAUCAAAACGGCAGCUUGGCUGCAGCCUGCCAGCCGGCCCUGGCGGUCAUCCUGUUCCUCCAGGAGGCGUACGGCGGCGAGGAGCAGAUACUGAUGCUGCACCGGACCCUGCAGAGGCCGCCUUGGCGCUACCACCACACUGAAAAAGUCAGCAAUGGCCGGCGGAUGCUACCGCUGGCGCCGUGCAGCCAGGACUUCUUCACUCUGUCUCCUGGCACGCCGCUCUGGGCUGUGCGGCAGGUCCACUACGGCAAAGAAAUCGUGCGAUUUACUGUUUAUUGCCGACAUGAAAAUUACAUUGACAUGGUGCGGCUUUACAAGCUGCUGCUCCAGCGGAGGGUGGCGCAGAAGAAAGAGGACUUUUGUUUCUUUGUGGUGUACUCCAACCCGGAUAUGGAGAUCCAGUUGUCAUUCAAGAGGCUCCCACGAGGCCAGAGUCCGGUGGUGCUGGAGUCAGCGGUGAUGGAGGUCAGGGUACGAGAUGUCGGGGCGCUGGUGCCUCUGCUGCCACACCCCUGCAGCCCAAUCAGUGAGGUCCGCUGGCAGACAGAGGACUACGAUGGAAAUAAGAUCUUGCUGCAGGUUCAAGGCGCACACUUCAAACACCAGCAUGAUCCCUGCCAUAUACCAUCUGCUAUCAGUGAAUCAGCCUCGGCUCCAUCCACCUUCACCCGGAGUGCAGCCUCCUACAGGAACCGUCGGCAUCACCAUCGGGCAACAUCCCGUCCCAGAGUCCACCAGACCCCCCACAGCUCCCACCCUCUGGCCUGCGAGGACCCGGACGAGCAGGAGCAGUGGACUGACAGGCAUCACCCGGACAGCUGGACGACCCAGUGGAGGGGCCAUCGGUCCAGCUCCCUCUUCUCCCUACCCAACCUGGGCUCAGCCAGUUCCCGCUCCACCUGUUCCUCCCCUGGCCCUUCUCCCAACCACCAUCACAGGAGCCACUCCCUCAACAGGAGCCCCUCCCUUGUCCCACCCUUCCGCCUCAACGUGGACGCUUUAAUUGGCGCUGAGGAGACAGAUGUGGACACAGGGGACAAAGUAAAUCCAGACAGCAGUGUGGACCUCACAGUGGUGUCGGCAUACAUCAAAUCCAGCCUGCCACAGACUUCUCGCCCGUUAUCGGCGCCACCAGAAGACCUGGGACCCUCCCUGUCUCCUGGCAUCCCAGAGUAUGCCUACAGGGCAGCCACACUGGGCCGGACUCCAAACAGCUUCACCACCAACACUCCCUCUACCUUGCAGGGGUUACGUAUCCAAAGCACCAGCAUGAACACGAGUGGGGCACCGUCCCUGAGUGAUGUUUCCAUAAACCAGUCUGACAGUUGUAGCGUUAUUAGUGCACCAGUUGAAGAGGCGAACAAGAUAGAAGAAGAAGAAGACCAAGAAUUCUACAUUUGAUUUACUAUUGUAGGCUGAGAGGACUCAGUCUGACCUUUGAGGACAGACUGAAGGGCUGAGACAGUCACACAGCUCUACUCUGGUGUUUGAUAGUACAACUAAAAUGACUGCAGUAUAAACUGGACUCUGUUUGAUGUUCUCGUGUAUUUGUGAAUAUUGCUUUUUUGCAUGUAGAAUUAAGCUUUGUAAAUGUCCGGUUAUAUAUAGGUAAAUGAAGUUACACAUUUAAAGGACCAGUCACAUAGCUGUGUACAGAGAUACUAUUCAAUAAACAGUUCUCUCCAUCAUGUGUGCUACACACUACCACUUUAAAACAACCUUCAAACAUUUACUCUCCAUAUUUAUUUAAAGUGUUUAUCCAAACAGCUUUCAUGGGUUGAGCAUUAAUGUGAGAAUAUAAUAAACUGUAUUUAUAUAUUGAACAUAUCCGAACACUGUGACAGUGUCUCUGUGGAGAUUCAAGAUGGCAAGAAAGCAGAGUAGUGUGUAGUAAAAGAUAC